GUUGCGAUUUGAGGGGUCUCUCGUCUCUUCCUCGAACUAUCACCAUGAAAUUCCUCAUUCUGCUGCCUUUCCUUGGAAUCACUCAAGCUUCACCGUUUGGCUACCAGCAAACACAAGUUCCACUUGGAUCCAAGGAUGGUUUCUCCUUGGAUUUAGAAGCACAGCGUCUUAUCCAGCUGGGCGACUCCCAUUCUCCAGUCUGGGUGUCAGAGCGGGAGAAGAUUGACCUGAAAGCUAACGGCGUCAAAUUCUUCGACAUAACAGAUGCGGUGGAGCUGGGAUCAAGUGCUUAUGCCCGACUUAUCGGUGAAACGAAGGCAUCGUUUCCCUCGCCAAAUGCUACAGACAAGGUCAAACCGGUCUUGAAGACUUUGUCCACCAAAGGCCCCAAGAAGAACUUGAAAGAAUUCACCAGUUUCACGACAAGAUAUUACCGCAGCAAGACAGGUCAGAAAAGCCAGCAAUGGCUUCUGUCUCAAAUCAGAGAGGUUACGGAGUCUUCUGCUUCAAGAUCCCUGCAGCCGCAUAUCAAUGUUAACGAAUUUAAACACUCUUGGGGCCAGAACACUAUAAUUGCGAGGAUUGAGGGAUGCGUUGAUCCCGACGAUAUCGUUAUAAUAUCUGCUCACCAGGACAGCACGAAUAUGUGGCCGUUCUUGCCCGCACCUGGAGCUGACGAUGAUGGAUCGGGGACGGUAACGAUCUUGGAAGCAUAUCGUGCCUUGUUGGAAGCCAACUUCCGUCCUAAAAACUCUGUCGAAUUCCAUUGGUAUUCUGCAGAGGAAGGCGGACUUCUUGGUUCCCAAGCCGUUGCUUCGGAGUAUGAAAAACAGCACAAGAAGGUUAUCGCCAUGAGCCAAUUCGACAUGACUGCGUGGGUCAAACGUGGCACAAGAGAAGAAGUCGGCAUCAUUACGGAUUAUACAGACGAGGGUUUGACCGAAUUCAACAAGAAGUUGGUGGAGUUGUAUCUCGAUAUUCCUUACGUGGAGACUAAAUGCGGCUACGCCUGCAGUGAUCAUGCCUCAUGGAGGAAAGCUGGCUAUCCUAGCGUUUUCACCAUCGAGAGCUCGUUCGAGAACUCCAAUCAUUAUAUCCACUCCGCGAAUGAUCGGAUUGAUAUUUCGGAUGAAUUUAACUUCGAUCAUAUGCUUGAGUUCUCCAAACUCGCUGUCGCGUUCGCAAUAGAGCUCGGCGACUGGUCAGAGAAGUGAAUUAUUCAGAAUGUAACAUCCGCACGGACUCUCGUGGUCGAAAGACUAUGUCAACGCUUUUACGAACCAUAGUCGAACUCUAGAAAUAUUACAUGCUCUUAAGGCGGAAUGAUGUACUGAGCUGAACCGAG